ACAGCAACAUCAUAAUUCUCCUACAUUAAAGCAGCAACACUAUUAUUUGCAACAACAGCAACAACAGCAAUCUGGUGCAGCUCGAAAUGCAGCAACACAAGCAGCAGCACAGGUAGCAGCAGCACAAGCAGCCGUAGCUCGUUAUCAAAACCCAUCCUCCUACUUAUCCAACACGACGGCUACACCACCACAACAACAAACAACACCCAAUAACAAUCAUAACAGUAGUAAAAAGUUAUCUAUAGACAAUACAUUUGAUAAUCUCUCAUUAAUAUCUGCCUCUAGCGACCAUUUGGCCCAUCAACAACAACAGCAGCCACAGCUAGGUCAGCAAACUUACAGUAGCCCACAGCUAUCGUCACGUAGACCUUCCACUGGAAGCAAUUCAACCAUGUUUCCGAUCAGUAUGAAUACUACUACUACUACAAAUAAUACCAAUAGUAUGUCAACUAACAAUAGUCAUAAUAACAACAAUACCACCACUACGAUUACUACAGCUAAUAAUACCAAUCCUACGGCUACUAAUACCAUUCAUACGGCUAAUACCAAUUUGAACGAUGACAGAACAACACGUAGUACGCAAAAUAACAGUUUGUGGAGGCCUUCUUCAGCAGUCUCUUCCAACGAUAUGUUAUCUCAAAUGCAGCAGCAACAUCAGCAACAUGUGGAUGAAGCCAAAAUGGCCCACUUGACUAACUCACCCCCAUUAUCUGUUGAUGGCGUACGGAAAGAAAAAUGGAAACGAAGAAAGAAACAUAAAAAAGUAGAGGACUACAUUUGCACUGAUUGUGGAACAACUUCGUCACCAGAAUGGCGUAAAGGACCUAAUGGUCCUAAAACUUUAUGCAAUGCGUGUGGUUUACGCUGGGCAAAAAGAAAUAAACAAAUUGAAAAAUAAGCCGGUCCAUAUAAACCUUUCAUAGGAGAAGGUUCAACUCUCCUCGCACCCAUUUUUUAUGAUAUUCGCCGAUUUUUUUCUUUUCUCUUAUUAUAUGAUACUCAGUUUUUCAUUACCUUUAAAUCUAAAACUCAUGAUAUGUACACGCAUCAUAUACCCACAUCCUCAGCUUUUUCUUUUUCAGCCACAAAGUUCGUAUGCCCCGCUUCUUUUUUAUUAUAAAACUUUGCCAUUUCUAGUUUCGCCUCGUAGCAAAAAAAAAAAAAAAAAAAAAA